CGUUCGGUCACAGGGGGCAGCAUCUUGCCGGCAUUAGGAGCCUGACUAGGAAGUGGCUCGCUCUCCACACUAUUUAAAGCCCCUUUUGCAGGGAGUGCUGAGGUGAACAUCCAGAUUGCUCAGCUCAGUAGCAGAACACCACACAUAUACAAGAGUCAGCGGCGAAGUGAUGAACUUCGGCAGGGAUGUGGCCCGGCAGACCAGUUGUUACACAUACGUCAUAGAGGAUGACGAUCCAGCCUUGGCAAGUCUAAAUGCAUUUGAGCUGGCUGAGAGGGGGGACCUGGCUCUCCUGGAGAACCUGGUGAAGAAGAGCCCAGAGGUCCUGCGCGAGAAAGAUGAAUGCGGAGCCAGUCUCCUUCAUCACGCCGCCGCGGGGGGCCACGUCACCCUCAUCCAAUUCAUCACCACUGUCUUAGACUCCGAGGAGCUGAACAGCUGCGAUGAGCAGGGGAACGUGCCCCUCCACUGGGCCGUGGAGAGGAACAAGGCUGAGAGCCUCAGGGCCCUGAUGGACCUGGGGGCCGACCCCAACAUCCUCAACACGGCCCUCCUGUCCCCCCUGCAUCUGGCCGUCAGCCUCGGCCACAACAGCCUGGUGGAGUUGCUGUUGUCCUACAGCGCCACCGACUGCAACCUCCAGGGAGACCUUGGGAACUCCCCGGUGAUUCUGGCCUGCUCCAUCAAUAACUGUGAGGCUCUCAGCAUCUUGAUAAAGCACGGGGGGAAGCUCUGCCAUCAGAACAAGCUCGGCCAUUUCGCCAUGCACGCCGCUGCCUUCGCAGGCGCCAAGAAGGCCAUGGAAGUCAUUCUGAAGGCCGGAGAGGAGUGCGGCCACUUAGCCGCGUCCCACAUCAACUACGUGGACAAGUCCAACAGCAGUCCCCUCCAUCUGGCUGUACGUGGCGGGAAUCUUGAGACCAUCCGCCUCUGCAUCGCCACCGGAGCCAAAGUCGAUCAGCAGCAGAAUGACAAGUGCACACCGCUUCAUUUGGCCUGCACCCAGGGAGCUAUUGAAGUAGUCAAAUUGAUGCUCUCCUCCGUCCACCAAGUAGCAGACAUCAUCAACCUGACUGAUGGGGCGUGUCAGACUCCUCUACACAGGGCUACAAUAUUUGACCACGCAGAGCUGGCGGAGUACCUCAUUUCUUUGGGCGCAGAGCUGAACAGCACUGACUGUAAGGGCAACUCUCCCUUGCUGUUGGCUACGAGCUGUGGAGCGUGGAAGACUGUGGCUCUGCUGCUGUCAAAAGGGGCAAAUGUGAAUGUAAGAGACAGAUGCGGUUGUAACUUCCUCCACCUGGCCAUCCUGCAGCCCAAGGGCUUGAAAAACCUCCCAGAAGAAGUGCUCCAGCAUAGCAGCGUCAAAGUACUGCUGAGCUGUGAGGAUAAUGAGGGCUGCACCCCGCUCCACUACGCUUGCAGACUGGGCAUCCACGACUCGGUGAAGAACAUGCUGGGCCUCUCGGGGCAGAUCGGCCUCGCGUGCAAGUCCAAGGACAAGAAGUCUGCCCUGCACUUUGCUGCCCAGUAUGGGCGUAUCAAUACGUGUCACAGAUUAUUGGAGACCAUCACCGACUCCCGUCUGCUUAAUGAAGGUGACGAGCGGGGCCUGACACCACUCCAUCUGGCCUCCAAGGAAGGGCACACCAAGGUGGUGCAGCUGCUGCUGCGCAAGGGAGCUCUCUUUCACUGUGAUUACAAGGGCUGGACUUGUCUGCACCACGCCGCAGCUGAAGGAUACACACAAACGAUGGACAUUCUUUUGUCAGCCAAUCCCAAGUUACUGGAUAAGGCCGAUGAAGACGGGAACACUGCGCUCCACAUCGCAGCAAGAGAAGGACACGUUGCUGCAAUAAAGCUCAUGCUGGCGAGGGGGGCAGAGAUUGUCUUGAACAAGAAUCACACUUCGUUCCUCCAUGAAGGUCUGCAGAACGGGAGAAAAGACGUGGUUAACGCAGUCAUUGACAGCGACAGAUGUUCGGAGGCUUUGAGACUGUUCAUGCCCGGCACAAGCCAGAGAUGUCCCAUUCUAGACAUGAUAGAGUUUCAGCCAGAGACUUACAAGCAUCUACUGGACCGCUGUGUGAAGGAAUCUGACGAUGACCACAACAGUCCUGACUACCACAUUGAAUACGAUUUCACGUGGCUCCAGGCUCCACUUGCAAUGCAGAAGAUAACCGACAAGACCAUGAGGUAUAAGCCACUGGCUGCACUCAAUGCAAUGGUGCAGUAUAACCGCAUCGAGCUCCUCAACCACCCGGUCUGCAAAAAGUAUUUGGCAAUGAAGUGGGUGGCUUAUGGGAGCACAGCACAUGUGCUCAACAUGUUUUUUUACCUGUUGGGGCUGCUGCCUUUAACUCACCUGAUAGUGACUCUGAGACCCUCCAUGAACACCACCAACACAGGAGAGCACAAUAUCAUCAUGGUUCCUACAUCCUUCGUAGAGCAAAGUCUGUUCUCGUCCUUCUGCAUGGUGAUGGUCUUGGUCAUGAACAUCUACUCGAUAGCGAAGGAAGUGGUGCAGAUAUCACAGCAGCGCUGGAAUUACUUCAGGGACUAUUCCAACCACUGCGACUGGUUUUCCGCCAUCUUCUCCCUCCUGUUCAUUAUCCCCGUCAUGCUCAACGCAGAGGGGUCUUUACACUGGCAAGCAGGGGCAAUUGCAGUUUUAAACUCUUGGGUUGGAUUUCUCCUUUAUCUCCAGAGGUUCGAGGGUAUCGGCAUCUAUGUUGUGAUGUUUGGGGAGAUCAUGAAGACGCUGGUCCGUAUUGUGAUGCUGUUCUUGUACCUGAUGCUAGCGUUCAGUUUGGCGUUUCAUGCUCUGAUGCUCAACCAGACGGAGUUUCAAAACGUGCCGCUCUCCGUGAUACAAACCUUCGUGAUGAUGGUGGGAGAACUGAACUACCAGAAUAACUUCCUGGAUGCUUAUCUGAAGAAUGACCUUCCUUUCGGUAUCCUGACAUACUUCAUUUUCGUGGUCUUUGUUCUGCUCAUGCCGAUUCUGCUGGUGAACCUGAUGAUCGGUUUAGCAGUUGGGGACAUCGCUGAAGUUCAAAGGAAUGCUGCCUUAAAACGAAUAGCCAUGCAGAUUGACCUUCACACCGCCCUGGAGGAUAAACUCCCUUACUGGAUUAUGAAACGAGUGGACAAACCCUCCAUUACCAUCUACCCCAACCGCAAGUGCUCCAGGCGCUUCUUCUCGCAGAUACUCUCAGGUGAAGAGGAAACAAACGAAGUCUGGACUCGCCUGCAGACCAAAUCACAGAGCUGCACGUUCGUAGAGAACGAGCUCAGGAAGCAGAAGUUCAGAAUGAAAGAGAUGUCGAGCAUACUGGAGAAGCAGCACUGCCUCCUGAAGCUCAUCAUCCAGAAGAUGGAGAUCACCUCAGAGGCCGACGAGUACGACGGCCCCAUGACCAUCAAAGGCAGCAAGUGGCCCAGCUUCAACCAGGUCAAACCGAGGGGCAGACCGACGUCUCGGUGGGUGCCUCUGAUGAAGGCCAUCGGGUCCAAGCGGACAUGAAGAGGGGCCGAAGACGAAGCAAGAAGCAUAUUAUUCAGUGCAAUCAAUUACAAAGGUCUUGUUAUAAACGCUAUACAAUAGGUAUAAACAUAAUUCAUUAUAUUCUACAUAUACAUGUUGGAUGUUGUAACUGUCAAUUCAAUGAGUGUAGUCGUCUGAACUGUUAUCUACUUGAAUUUAAAAUAUUAAAACAUUUAAUAUUGUUGCAUCAUGAACUGCGCUGUUGUUUUCCUUCUGUUACGGGCCAGGUAGGUGGACUCUGGAGGCAGAGACAGGAGGCAGGCGGUAGUUGAAAGAGUUUAUUGCAGUAAAGGAGGGUGGUAGAUGAAGGGGCAGAUGAUGGGUUUGAACAAGGCCAGAUGAAAGUGGCAGGCAGAUCAGGCAGCUGGAGUCUGUGUGGAGAGCUGGUGAUCCUGGACAGCAGAAACAGAGAUUAAGUACAAGGUAGAUGCACGUAAAGCAGAAUAUGCUAUACAGAUUCAAAAGCUGAGACAAGACCGACUGCGAAGUAGUCUACAAUCCAGCGCUGACUGAUUCCACUGAGGAGCUUAAGUAGGCUGAAGCCUCAAUCAGUGACACCUGCAGUUCCAGCACAGCUGACUGGUAUCAUCAAUUAGCCUUGACCUGCAAAGAGAGGAGGAGGAGGAGACCAGGAGGCAGAGGGCAUGACACCUUGUAAACCGUCUGAUCCUGUAGAGAUCUGUUACUGGAAGUUGCUCCUAAGUAAAUUUCACUUUCUGGAUGCAAAUGCAGCGCCGGCGUAGUUCCUUUACAUAUUAUUUUUUAUCUGUCAUGCAAACUGUUGGAUUUUCACCCAUCUGAGCAGAUGUUCCUUGAACUGAGGCGGUACGUUUGAGGCAUGCCGUACCCCUCCUAUCGAAAUUAAAUAAAAUAAAAACAACACGCUUUACU